UAUGUUACAUUAGAAGCGUUUCAGCUACUGUGGCAGUACUGGACCACAGGCUUGGGGAUUGUUUCAUGUGACAAGGGGCGACGCACAUAGACAUUUGUCGGCUGAGACGGCACUUGCAGUCCGAAAGGGAAUUUACAAACGUUUAUCCAGUCUGGCUGAAGCACUUGGCACAGAUUUACAAAGUGUGGCCAAUGUGUUGUUGACAUAGAGUCUACACUGCACUAAUACAGCGGACAGUCGGGCACUUGCUUUUCUUGUUUAGCUGCCAACUAGAAGACUCAGGGUAGGACUACACAGACGAUUUUGGAGCGAUCCGACACACUGCGCAAAAAUGCAGGCGUCAAAUCAGAUGCAACGGAAAUAAGGAGUCUCGCCCACUGAGCUGCUGAUUGGUCAAGUGUCUGAAUAACCAAUUAAAAGGAAGGGGCGGAACUUACCGGCACCAGGUUCCUAGUGUUUGUGCACAUGAACUUUGUACCUGUACAGCAGUGAGUGGUGAUGGCUGCUACACGAAGCUUGUCACGUACGGUGGCUUUGAUCAAAAUCAACCAUCCUCCUGUCAAUGCUUUGAGCACUCCUGUCUGUGAGGCACUAAUCAAGGAAUUUGCAGAGGCCAUAAAGGACCCAUCAAUAGAGGCCAUUGUCCUGUGUGGAGCAAAUGGAAAAUUUUGUGCAGGAGCAGACAUUCGUGAGUUUAGUUCUGCAUCUCGCAGAACUGUAUCUUUAGAAGGUAUAAAUGCUGAAAUAGAAAGCAGCAAGAAGCCUGUGGUGGCUGCCAUUGAAGGGGUGGCUCUUGGUGGAGGUCUGGAAUUAGCAUUAUCCUGCCACUAUCGUGUGGCACAUAUAAAGGCAGUUGUGGGUCUCCCCGAGGUGUUAAUUGGAAUUCUCCCAGCAGCUGGAGGAACCCAACGUCUGCCCCGCUUAAUAGGCAUUCCUGCUGCUCUGGAUAUUAUUGUCCGUGGAAGGCAUGUCCCUGCUACAGAAGCAUUCCAGCUGGGCAUCGUUGAUGAAGUUGUGCAAAGCAGUGCCAUUGAUGCAGCUGUUCAGAUGGCCAGGAAAGUUAUAGGAAAACCAUUGGCCAGUAGAAGACUAAGCACCAACACUGUUCAGUACAAUAUCAAUGUUGAUGCCUUCUUGGACACUGCAUUAGAAAAAGCAAAGCGACAAUUCCGUGGAGCACAAGCACCGCUGGCUUGUAUUGAUGCUGUAAGAGCCUCAGCACAACUUCCUUAUCAGCGAGGCAUAGAGAAGGAAAGGCAGCUGUUUGCAUCUCUCUGGGCUACAGGUCAACCUCAAGCCCAACAGUAUGCUUUCUUCGCUGAGAGAAAUGUCGGCAAGUGGACACUACCCUCAGGCGAGAGAUGGGACAAUGUAAGACCCUGUCCAGUUCGUACAGCAGCUGUUAUAGGACUGGGGACAAUGGGAAGAGGAAUAGUCACUUCUCUCUCAAAGGCAAAUAUUCCUGUUAUUGCCCUGGAACAAGAUACAAAGCAACUCGAUUUGGGGAAAAAGGCUGUAAAUGGUUUGUUGGAAAGGGAAGCUGAGAAGCUAAAAAAGCAAGGAAGUAGUUCACCAGAUGGAAAUGGACUGGGUUCUGUUCACUUCACAUUAAAUUUUGAAGACCUUAAAGAGGUGGAUUUGGUUAUUGAAGCUGUUUAUGAAAAUAUGAAUCUGAAAAAAGAAGUAUUCCGUAAGCUCUCAUCAGUCAUGAAGCCUGAUGCUUUCUUGUGUACUAACACCUCAGGCCUCGACAUUGAUGAAAUUGCUUCAGUUACACACCGGCCUGAACUAGUAAUUGGCACUCAUUUCUUCUCCCCUGCCAAUAUCAUGCGACUCUUGGAAGUGGUCCGAGGUCGUCACACUUCACCCACCACCAUUGCCACAGCCAUGAGCCUUGGAAAAACCUUGGGUAAAGUUGCUGUACUAGUUGGAAACUGCCCUCUUUUUGUUGGCAACCGAAUGCUGGGUCCAUAUCUUGAUCAGGCAAAUUAUCUGUUGGAAGAAGGUUACUAUCCUGAAGAAGUAGAUCAAGCACUCGAGGAAUUUGGCUUUGCCAUGGGGCCAUUCCGUAUGAUGGAUUUGGCUGGGCUGGAUGUGGGUUGGAGAUCGAGAAUGGAGAAGGGCUUAACAGGUUCCAGAGUUCCUCCAGGAACUCCUGCAAGGCAGCGAGAAGGUAAAAGAUACUGCCCGCUUGCAGACAUGCUCUGCGAGUUGGGCAGGUUUGGGCAGAAAAGUGGUAAAGGCUGGUACCAAUAUGAAAAACCUGGUGGCAGAAAUGCACGCCCUGAUCCUUGGAUCAGGGACUUCUUGGAUAAGUACAGAAAUACUUAUCACAUAAAACAGCAAGCUAUAAGUCCAGAGCAGAUUCUACAACGAUGCUUAUAUGCUCUGAUAAAUGAAGGAUUCAGGAUCCUGGAGGAUGGUAUCGCUUCCGGCCCUGAAGAUAUUGAUGUAAUAUACAACAAUGGCUAUGGAUGGCCUAAGCAUAGAGGGGGUCCUAUGUUUCAUGCUUCUGCUGUUGGCUUGCAUGAAGUGCUAAUGGUACUGGAGGGAUAUCACAAAGCUAAUCCUGAUGUUCCUAGUAUGAAACCCUCAUUUUUACUGAAGAAAUUGGCAGCAGUAGGGGGUCCUCCAAUUAAAGAGUGGAGAACUCAACUUGGGAAGCUCCCUAACAAGCUUUGAUUUAUCCGCUCCAAAUCAGUUACUCUUCAAAUAUGCAUUCUGACAAAAAGAAUUACAAAUGUUAGAAAUGGUAGUGGCUUUGUUUAUUCCCGCAACUGGGGAAAUCAAAUCUGUAUGGUCGUCAUUUUGUUUUAAUACAGAGACCUACAGCAAAUGAACAAGCAGAUUUAACUGCCAAAUAAUUAUGCAAUGAUUUAUCAACUUCCCACAGAUUCAAAAAAGUCAUUCCAUUAGAGCUGCUUUUUAAUGUGUAACACCUACAAAUUAUUGUUAUCUCCAAUACAUUACAAUAUCACUGGCAUUUAUCCCAGUGAUAUGGACAUAUGUAAUCACCUCAUGGGACAGAGUACAGAUGGAUACAACAGAUGCUGCCAAAUGGGUAGUACAUAAACAACCGAAUAUCUCAAAAAGCUCCAUUACCUUGGAUGCAGCUUCUUUUUAGCCGGUACACCAACUAUCAGCAAGAUAGGUGCAGUGUAGGCUGGAUGACGCUGACAAUGUAUUUAGAGUCCCACAAGGCACUGCUUUUUGGUUUGAAUUUUUACUACAAAGAAGGCUGAGUGGCAUAUGUUUAGAAGACCACUAAUGCAAGAUGGCUCCUGACUACAACUAUGGGUUAGAGUUCUGCGCGGGUCGAUUUUUUUGGAACACGGACCCGCAUUCUUACCCGCUUGGACCUGUUACCCGACCCGCAAGUACCUUAUCUGCAACCGGGACCCGCUGACCAUCAAGAAUCAGGAAGUGCUGUCAUUGUAAACCGGAAGUGACAUCAUCGGCUGUAGGCGUGAUCAGAAAAAAGGAGUAAAAAUCACUAUUGAGAAGACUCGCAGCCCGACCUGCAAACCCGCAGCACCACCGACCUGCAUCUAUACCCGCACCCGGAACUUCUACCCGCAGGGUACCACAGGUUUUUGCGGGUACCCGACCCGCUGCAGGACUCUACUGUGGGUUGCAUUCAGCCAACCUUACAUUGCAAUUGCAUACCAUAACGAGGCACAUUUCAUUUUCUGUACUUCCUAAGGAUUAUACUGGAUACAUAUAGGUUGAUACCAAUUCUGACAGAUGUAGCUGGCCUAAUAAAUUUCCUUUCACCUUCCUCAAACACUGAUGAGUCUCAUAAUUUUUAGUCCAGAGUGAUGAUCGAAGAGUUAAUUGAAACAUAAAUAAAUAUCCUAGCAACUUGGUCAGCCACCUAACUCCAUGCAUGGCCAGCUAUAGAUAUGGAGUAAAUCUACUGCAGUGACUAAAAAGCAUAAAUACAUCUUUAAUAUAAAGAGACCUAAAUAGUAAUGAUGUUACUGUAUCUGGUGCACACGCCAGAGGCAGACAUAAAACCAUAGAGAUUUAACUAAAUGAGAACUUUUAUCACACUUUAAGAAUGCAGCCCUCAGGACUUUAAGCUAAUUUAUAUUUUUUUACACAGUUUCUUAAACCGCUAGGCUCCAACUACGCCACUAACUUUUUUUUCUGUUGAUAUCGUUAUGGCUAAAUAAUGUCAGUCACUUACAUUACUAAGGGAGAAAAAUACAUGUAUUUUCCACUACAAAAGAAAACAUUCUCUGACUUCCCCAGUAAGCUGAGUGCUUUAGCGGUAGUGAACCUUCCAUAGCACAGGGACAUAAUUAAAUGAGUGCUCUGAAUGUACUGUCUUCCUCUCCUUGCUCUCAAUGCCUGUGAUCUCGUCAACAAUUCUCAAAAUGUUGAAUGCAAUAGAUAGAACAAUAAGUGACGAUUUUCUGCUUUUUUUCCCUGUGUGUCUUUCUGUUAAAAUGAUUUAAAAUCUCUUACAUAAACUGCAUCUUAGCCAGACAGGAAAAUGUUCAUUCUCAAAUUGCUGACCUGAUUCUAGGCGAAUAACAUUAAAAAACAUUUGAUUUA